CAUUAUAACCUCUCCGAUUUGGAGCUCAUCUUGUCCCAAAACAAUUCCCCAAUUUCGUUGUUUUGAUCCGUCAUUCUUCCCGGUUGAUCGAGCUCCUUCAGAAUAUCAAUUAAUAUUCACUCUACACCCCUGAAAGAUUGUUUGUCAUGUACUUCUUGUAAAACAACCAGGAGAUCAACGAUCAAAGGGAUAAAUGGCCAAUCUUCAAGACAUAGGCGUUUCUGCAACAAUCAACCUUCUCUCUGCAUUGGCCUUUCUUGUAGCAUUUGCACUAUUACGGCUUCAACCAAUCAAUGAUCGAGUGUACUUUCCCAAGUGGUAUCUAAAGGGAAUAAGGGGCAGUCCAAGACGUUCGGGACGUGUGCACAAUUUUGUCAACUUGGACUUCAAUAUGUAUAUUAGGUUUCUAAAUUGGAUGCCUGCAGCAUUGAAAAUGCCAGAACCUGAGCUCAUUGAACAUGCGGGACUUGAUUCUGCUGUGUUUGUUCGAAUUUACCUUCUUGGCUUGAAGAUAUUUGUCCCUGUAACUUUUCUUUCUUUUGCUGUUCUGGUGCCUGUCAAUUGGACUGGGGAUACCUUAGAGCAUGCCAAAGGCUUGACAUACAGUGAUAUUGACAAACUCUCAAUAUCCAACAUUCCAGCAGCAUCAAAAAGAUUUUGGGCGCAUAUAGUCAUGUUUUACGUCUUCUCAUUUUGGACGUAUUAUGUUUUAUACAAGGAGUACAAGCUUAUAGCUUCCAUGAGGCUACGGUUUUUAGCAGCUCAAAAACGACGUCCAGAUCAGUUUACAGUCCUUCUGAGGAAUGUUCCUCUUGAUCCUGAUGAAUCAAUCAGCAAGCACAUUGAACAUUUCUUUUUUGUAAAUCACCCCGAUCACUAUCUGACACACCAGCUUGUUUAUAAUGCAAAUUACCUUGCAAAGUUGGUUGAAAAGAAGAAGGGUUUACAGAAUUGGCUUGUAUACUAUGAGAACAAGUAUGAGAGAAGUUCUACGCAAAGGCCCACUACAAAGACAGGUUUAUGGGGACUGUGGGGAACCAAGGUGGAUGCAAUUGAGUAUUAUUCUACUGAGGUCGAGAAGUUAAGUAAAGAAGAAGAUAAAGAGCGAGAGAAAGUUUUAAGCGACCCCGAUGCCUUAAUUCCAGCAGCAUUUGUGUCAUUUAAGACAAGAUGGGCAGCAGCUGUAUGUGCUCAAACACAGCAGUCCAGUAACCCUACAAUUUGGUUGACAGAAUGGGCACCUGAACCACGUGACCUCUUUUGGGAUAAUCUUGCUAUUCCAUACGUAAAUCUUGCAUUACGAAAAUUGAUCAUGGCCGUUGCUUUAUUUUUUCUCACCUUUUGCUUUAUGAUACCCAUAGCUUUUGUUCAAUCUUUGGCGAACAUAGAGGGAAUUGAGAAGGUCUUUCCAUUCUUGAAGCCUAUAAUUGAGAAGAAGGUUAUAAAGUCUGUCAUCCAAGGAUUUCUUCCCGGAAUUGCUUUAAAGAUUUUCCUAAUUCUUCUUCCAAGAAUUCUCAUGGCCAUGUCACAAAUAGAAGGUUUUACAUCCCUCUCAGCGUUAGAUAGGAGAACAGCUGAGAAGUAUCAUCUGUUCAUUCUAGUCAAUGUGUUUUUUGGAAGCGUUGUAACAGGAACAGCAUUUCAGCAGCUUCAAAAGUUCCUUAACGAGCCCUCAACAGAGUUCACAAAAACAGUUGGUGACUCGAUUCCAAUGAAAGCUACAUUUUUCAUUACUUACAUAAUGGUUGAUGGUUGGGCUGGAAUUGCUGCAGAGAUUCUCAGAUUGGUUCCACUGGUCAUGUUCCACCUGAAGAAUGCAUUUUUAGUUAAGACAGACCAAGAUAGGGAUCAAGCAAUGGAUCCUGGUUGCUUGGACUUUCCCGUAUCAGAACCUCGAAUACAGCUUUAUAUCUUGCUGGGGUUGGUUUAUUCUGUUGUCACACCAAUACUUCUCCCUUUCAUCCUUGUAUUCUUUGCUUUCUCCUACUUGGUUUAUCGUCAUCAGAUCAUUAAUGUAUACAACCAGAAGUAUGAGAGUGGUGCAGCGUUCUGGCCCCAUGUACAUCGUCGAGUAAUUAUUGGCUUAAUGAUAGCCCAGCUUCUUCUGAUGGGAUUGUUCAGCAUGAGAGAGGCAGAACAAUCAUCAGCAUGUCUUGUUGCACUACCUAUUUUGACCCUCUGGGUUCAUAAAUUCUGCCAGGGGCGUUUUGAGUCCGCCUUCGUCAAGUUUCCCUUACAGGAUGCAAUGGUGAAGGACACACUGGAAAAGGCUACAGAACCAAAUUUAGACUUGAAAGCUUAUUUAAAGGAUGCUUAUGUGCACCCAGUUUUCAAGGACAGCUCGUUAGAACAAAUAACAUUCAUUGAUGAUGAUGAAGAAAGCAACUCUCUGGUUCCUACAAAGAGAACCUCUCGGAGGAGUAGUAAGUUUCCUUCUGAAGACAACUCUGAGUCAGAUGCGUAGGCUAAAAUAUUAUAGCAAUGAACUUAGAAAAAGAAGCAUCUUUACACAUGAUUUUAACUGAAAAUAUCAUUAGAGCUAUUACACUCUUUGAUGUA